GCAGCUCUUAACAAUUGUGCUGGCGUAGCGGGAGAGACGAAGUAGUUUCCGUCUUUUUCUUUAAACUGCACUUUAAACCGCCUGCUUUGCUCCCACAACUAUCAGAUUAUUCAGCGUUGUAGUAGCGGACUCUAUCUGUGUACACUUCACUUUUAAUAAUGCCUCGGGGCGGGAAAAGGGGCCACAAGGGCAGAGGGAAGCAAUUCAGCAACCCAGAUGAGAUCGACAGACAGAUGAAAGCACAGAAAGAGUUGGAAGAAAAUCCUGGUGCAGAGAAGGUGAGCUCUGCAGAGUCUGAUGAAGACAGCAGCAGCGAGGACGAAUCUGAGUCCAGGAAGAGGAGUGGAGUCGAGGGGCUCAUUGAGAUCGAGAAUCCCAAUCGCGUGUCUCAGAAGAGCAAGAAAGUGGCUGAAGUAGAUGUCAAUGCUCCCAGAGAGCUGUCUCGCAGGGAGAGAGAGGAGAUUGAGAAGCAGAAGUCAAAGGAACGCUACAUGAAGCUACAUCUUGAGGGAAAGACCGAGCAGGCCAGGGCCGACCUGGCGAGGCUGGCCAUAAUCAGGAAACAGAGGGAGGACGCUGCCAAGAAGAGAGACGAACUCAGGAAAGAAAAAGAAGCUGAAGAAGCCAAAGCAAAGCGCUAAUCCUCCAUCUAAAAACCUUCAACGCGCACUUAUCUCAGAGGGAUGGAGAGAGACGGAGAUCUGGAGGACGGGGAGGGGGACCAAUACGAGUGGCAUCAAAUCAAGGGCGCUCCCGAACUCCUGUCCCUCAUUUCAAAUCAGAGCGGCGUGGGUCUUCCAUCACAGCGUGGUCAGGACGGGGAAAACGGGUGGAUCACUGCGAGAUGAAGAGGAAUGCAACAUUUGGGAUGCCUCUAGUUUUCUUCCUCAAGAGGAGACAACCACAGGUUUUCCAAGUGCUUCACUGCCUCUUUACUCUCCCUUCACCCAGCAGGGUUUUAAUUCUGAAGCUGCUGACGUUAUUUCCAUUCCUUUUGAUUCAUACAUUUUUACAAGGUUACCUAAUACAAGUUUACUCGAUGACUGGUAUUACAGUGAGCGUGCAUGGGGAUAUUUUUGGUGCUUUACAUUUCCUUCCAUCUUGCCUGUUUUGUAAGAAGGCUGGACAGAUGGAGAACACUAUUCAGAGGAUAAACUGAUAUAUAGGAAUUAUACAAUGUAGUUUAGUAUUUGUGGCUAUGUUGCACAAGACAUUGGUAUAGUUUUCUAAAGAUUUUUUCUUUUCAACCAUUUAAAGUAGCUCCUUUUUCUCCCGAUUUAUGAUCCUCCCCCUUUUUUUUCAAUUAGAAAUCUUACAGUUGGAUAAAUUGGCUGUCCUCCGACCACAGCGCGUCUACAAAGUAGAAAACUUUCUUUUGCCUCUUUUUUUCUAAUUCUUUUUCCCCAAAUUUGCUCACUUUAAUCAUCUUAUUUCUGUCAGUUCAAAAGUGUUUCAGAAUGUGUUUUGUAAUGCUUUGCUCAAAGCACCUGGAAUAUUACUUGAAUUGCCUACAAUAAGCAUUUUUAAGUUGUUGGAGGGCAUCGUCUCCUCAGUAACUGUGGCCUUGUCCCUGUUUCUGAUGGGGGUCCUCUGUGGUUCUGAAGGACGGAUUGUGUCUUUUGUUGCCUUUACACAGUUUACACAAGACCAGUUCACUGUCUUUCUCCAGUAAUUAAGUGCUACAAAGAACCAACACUGAGUUAGUUUAUUCGGCACAUAUAGAAUCAGUAAUAACAGUCACCACUGAACACAGUGUAAACUAAAAUAAAAACAUUCACAAAGAGAGGGUUUACUGCAGAGCAUUUGUACGUGAUAAACUGGUUACUCAGUGUGUGAAAAAACAAUAUUCCCUAUAACAUGGAAACAGCUCAAAGAACGAACUAUUGAGACCACAAAGUGUAAGAAAUGUAGCCACAGUGUAAAAAAAAUGAAUUCCUCAAGUUUUCCAUCAUGUAUCUGAAGUCAUUUUUAAGAAUAAAUUCAUUAAUAGAUAAAA